CGGAGAUGGAUCACAAAAUAACCGUAAUGGCCGACAGGUUAACCCAGAAAUGUUUCCAAGAGGAGAUCAGGAGCCAGCUUAUGAACCUGUUGGUGGAUUCUGGGGUUUACUGGAAAGACUUUAUGUUACUCUCUAUGAUAUCUUUUUUUGGAGGCUGACUGAGCUACUAGAUGAAUUAGAGGAUCGAUAUGAUGUCUUAUAUAUUGACUUUCACAAUGUCAAUGACGGCAAUGUCAACAAUGUAAACAAUCACAAUAUUAAUGUGAGAGACAAUAAUGCCAAUGCUGACAACAAUGAACUGCAUGAUGAUCAUAACGCUGUUGUUGUCGUCGGCAUUGAAAAUGACGAUUCUGAUGAGGCAUUUGAAGACUGUGAGGAUGUUCACCCGUACAUCCCAGAGGAUCCUCAGCCAGGUGUAUCCAGGAAGAGUUCUAGAGAGAUGGAUGUGAAAGAUGUGGAGCCAAACAAAAGAAUCAGAUGGAGCGAGGAGUUUUCUGAUGAUGACUCUGACUCUAUCUCUGCCUGUGACACUGAUAGCGAGGGCUGUCCUCAUCUUGGUAAUAUUGCUGAUGAGGUACCGCUGCCUGUUGGAUCCACAAAAAGAUCCAGAAAGGAAGAUGGAGAUGAAGAAAAGCCUAAUAGCAAAAAAUCCAGGCUCGCAAACUCUGAUUCGGGGACCAGCUCAAUUGUGUAUGAUCACUCUGAGAGCAGUAGUGAUGAACUUUUUGAAGAUGCCCAUGAAGAGCCUGACAACCAUGAAACUGGAGGCUCGAGGAAAAGGUCCCGAGAGGAUUUGGAGGAAGAAGAGGAAUACUUGCGCGUUUGCAAAUUUCGGAGGUGUUCAAAUGAGUCCACCAGCACCCGUGAUGACAACUAACACUAUUUCAACUGGAUUUUUCUGUAUCCUUUUAGUAGGCUGAUGGCCUGCUCAGGUGACCCUGAAUCCUCCCGUGGUUUUGCUGCAA